CCUCUGAAGACUCUGCAGUGCUACAACGACUACACCAACCACAUCAUCUGCAGCUGGGCAGACACGGAGGAUGCUCAGGGGCUAAUCAACAUCACCCUCUAUCACCAGCUAGAGAAGAAUCAACCAGUGUCCUGUGUGCUUAGUGAGGAGCUCAUGUGGUCAGAGUGCCCCUCAUCCCACCGCUGUGUGCCCAGAAGAUGUGUCAUCCCCUAUACACGAUUUGCCAACACAAAUGAAGAUUACUACUCCUUCCGGCCAGAUCGUGAUCUGGGCAUCCAGCUCAGGGUUCCACUGGCCCAGCAUGUGCAGCCACCGACUCCCAAGGACAUCCGCAUCAGCCCCUCUGGGAAUCAUUUCCUGAUGGAGUGGAAUGUGACCCUUGGAGAUGCCCAGGUCUCCUGGCUUUCAUCAAAGGACAUAGAGUUUGAGGUGGCUUAUAAGAGACUUCAGGACUCCUGGGAGGACAGCAAGACAGAGAACCUAGAUCGAGCCCAUAGCAUGGACCUGCCCCAGCUGGAGCCAGACACCUCAUACUGUGCCAGGGUGAGGGUCAAGGCCACCUCUGACUACGAUGGGAUCUGGAGCGAGUGGAGCAAUGAGUGUACUUGGACGACUGAGUGGGUGAUGCCCAUGCUGUGGAUAGUCCUCAUCCUGGUCUUUCUCAUCCUCACCUUGAUCCUGGCCCUCCGCGUUGGCUGUGUCUAUGGGUACAGGACAUACAGGACAUGGAAGGAGAAGAUUCCCAACCCCAGCAAGAGCCUCCUGUUCCAGGAUGGAGGUAAAGGUCUCUGGCCUACUGGCAGCAUGGCAGCCUUCACCACCAAGAACCCCAUGCACCAGGGGCCACAGAGCAGCCUUUUCACUGAGCAACAGGGGGUGUCAUAUACACAUUUGGAGGACAAAGACCUGUCACCUCUCACCGUAGAGGACCCUAACAUGAUUCUAGAUCCACCAUCUAGGCCUGAUACAACCCCAACUGCCUCAUCCGAACCCACGGAGCAACUUCCCAAUGUUCAAGUACAUGCACCAACUCCUUCUGGCAGACCUAGGAAGCAAUUACCCAGUUUUGACUUCAAUGGGCCCUACCUGGGGCCUCCCCAAACCCACUCCCUGACUGACCUCCCAGGACAGCUGGGUUCCCCCCAGGUGGGUGGGAACCUGAAGCCAGCACUGCCAGGCUCCUUGGAGUACAUGUGUCUGCCCCCUGGAGGACAAGUCCAACUGGUCCCAUUGUCCCAGGUGAUGGGACAGGGCCAGGUUGUGGAUGUGCAGUGUGGGUCCAGCCUGGAGACCACAGGGAGCCCUUCUGUGGAACCAAAGGAGAGCCCUCCAGUUGAGCUGAGUGUGGAGGAAGAGGAGCCAAGGGACAACCCAGUGACUCUGCCCAUAAGCUCUGGGGGCCCUGAGGACAUUAUGGUAGCCUCUGAUUAUGUCACUCCUGGAGAUCUGGUGCUCACUCUGCCCACAGGGCCCCUGUCUACCUCUCUGGGCCCCUCUCUAGGGUUGCCCUCAGCCCAAAGCCCCAGUCUCUGUCUUAAGCUGCCCAGGGUCCCCUCUGGAAGCCCAGCUCUUGGGUCACCCGUGUUUGAGGACUAUGUGGAGCUGCCUCCAAGUGUGAGCGAGGCUGCCAAGUCCCCUCCAGGCCAUCCUGCUCUUCCUGUGGCAGGCAGCCCCACAGCCAGCCCAGGAGAGCCCAGGGAGGAAGUGGGCCCUGCAUCCCCACACCCCGAAGGCCUCCUUGUUCUUCAGCAGGUUGGGGACUACUGCUUCCUCCCUGGCCUGGGACCUGGCUCCCUCUCACCACACAGUAAGCCACCCUCCCCAGGCCUGUGCUCUGAGACUGAGGACCUAGACCAGGACUUGUCUGUGAAAAAGUUUCCCUAUCAACCCAUGCCCCAGGUGCCAGCCAUUCAGUUUUUCAAAUCCCUAAAGCAGCAGGACUACCUGUCCCUGCCCCCUUGGGACAAUAGCCAGCCUGGGAAGGUGUGCUGACUCUGCCCCCUCCCAAUCUCACCAGCAGCCUGCCACCUCAGCCUGUGGUCCUCAGCCAGAGCAUCCCCACAGAAGCCUCACUGAGUCCACACUCUUCCUCACUCCCAGCCCUGACACAGCAUUACCCACGGUGAGCCCUGUGUGGUCUGUUUAGGGUGUAAGAACUGCUGAGGUCAGCUUCUCCACUGCAGGCAUUGAUAACACAACACAUUUCUGGUUCUGUGUGAAAGGUGGGAGGCUCAGGUGAGCCUCUUGCGAGGUCAGACUAUGAAAUCGAGCAGGCUCUUGUGGCUACAAGAAUA